AUGUCUGACGAAGUUUACGAGGGUGCCAUCGGCAUUGACCUUGGCACCACCUACUCAUGUGUCGCCAAUUAUGAAGGCGCAAAUGUCGAAAUCAUCGCCAACGAGCAGGGAAGCUUUACCACACCGUCAUUCGUUUCGUUCACGGACAAGGAGCGUCUUAUUGGCGAGGCUGCAAAGAACCAGGCUGCCAUGAACCCUCAGAACACCAUCUUUGAUAUCAAGCGUUUGAUCGGAAGACGCUUUGAAGACCCUGUUGUUAAGAAGGAUAUUGAGUCCUGGCCUUUCAAGGUCGUUGACCAGGGUGGAAACCCAGUCGUCGAAGUUGAAUAUCUCGGAGAAACAAAAACUUUUUCUCCUCAGGAAAUCUCGUCCAUGGUCUUGACCAAGAUGAAAGAGGUUGCCGAAACCAAGCUUGCCAAGAAGGUAUCCAAGGCAGUUAUCACAGUACCCGCCUACUUCAACGACAACCAGCGACAGGCCACAAAAGAUGCUGGUGCCAUUGCCGGCUUGAACGUUCUUCGUAUCAUCAACGAACCCACCGCCGCCGCCAUUGCCUAUGGUCUGGGUUCCGGAAAAUCUGAUAAGGAGCGUAAUGUUCUGAUCUACGAUCUCGGUGGUGGUACUUUCGAUGUUUCCCUUCUGAACAUCCAAGGCGGUGUCUUCACUGUCAAGGCUACCGCUGGUGAUACCCAUCUUGGUGGUCAAGACUUUGACACCAACUUGCUCGAGCACUUCAAGAAGGAGUUCCUGCGAAAGACCAAGAAGGACAUCACUGGUGAUGCUCGUGCCUUGCGUCGUCUCCGAACCGCUUGCGAGCGUGCCAAGCGAACCCUUUCCAACGCUACCCAGACCACUGUCGAGAUUGACUCUCUCUUCGAUGGUGAAGACUUCAACGCCCAGAUCACCCGAGCUAGAUUCGAAGACCUCAAUGCCAAGGCAUUUUCCGGUACUCUCGACCCUGUCCAACAGGUUCUGAAGGACUCUGGUAUCGAGAAGAGUAGUGUUGAUGAGAUCGUUCUCGUUGGUGGCUCUACUCGUAUUCCCCGUAUCCAGAAGCUCCUCAGCGACUUCUUUGAUGGAAAGAAGCUUGAGAAGAGCAUUAACCCCGAUGAGGCUGUGGCUUAUGGUGCUGCUGUCCAAGCCGGUAUCCUCAGUGGAAAGGCCACCAGUGCUGAGACCUCUGACCUCCUUCUUUUGGACGUUGUUCCUCUCUCCCUUGGUGUGGCCAUGGAGGGUAACAUUUUCGCCCCUGUCGUUCCUCGUGGCCAGACCGUUCCCACUAUUAAGAAGCGUACUUUCACCACUGUUGUCGAUAACCAACAGACCGUGCAGUUCCCCGUCUUCCAGGGCGAGCGUACAAACUGUGAAGACAACACCUCCCUGGGUGAAUUCACUCUAGCUCCUAUACCCCCUAUGAAGGCUGGUGAGGCUGCUUUGGAGGUUGUCUUCGAAGUCGAUGUCAACGGUAUCUUGAAGGUUACUGCUACCGAGAAGUCGUCUGGACGUACCGCCAACAUCACCAUCUCGAAUGCUGUUGGUAAACUUUCCAGCUCCGAAAUUGAGCAGAUGAUUGAUGAUGCUGCCAAAUUCAAGUCCAGUGAUGAGGCUUUCAGCAAAAAAUUCGAGGCUCGCCAGCAGCUUGAAUCCUACAUCUCCCGUGUUGAGGAGAUCAUCUCGGAUCCUACCAUGUCAUUGAAACUCAAGAGAGGUAACAAGGACAAGAUCGAAUCUGCCUUGAGCGAUGCUAUGGGCCAACUUGAAAUUGAAGAGUCUACACCUGAUGAUCUCAAGAAGAAAGAGCUGGCUCUGAAGCGACUCAUCACUAAGGCCAUGGCUACUCGCUAA